AUGCUGUGGUUCCGCUGGCUGCUAAAAAAGAUAACAUUGCUUUUAAAAAAUACCAAUGAACUAAAAAUUCUUGUUUCUAGAUUUGGAGCAAGAGGUGGUGGUGGCCUUCCCCCGAAGAAAUUUGGUAAUCCUGGGGAGCGUUUACGUAAAAAGAAGUGGGAUUUGAGUGAGCUCCCCAAGUUUGAGAAAAAUUUUUAUGUCGAACAUCCAGAAGUGGCGAGGCUGACUCCAUAUGAGGUUGAUGAGCUACGCCGAAAAAAAGAGAUUACAGUUCGAGGGGGAGAUGUUUGUCCUAAGCCUGUCUUUGCCUUCCAUCAUGCUAACUUCCCACAAUACGUAAUGGAUGUGUUGAUGGAUCAGCACUUUACAGAACCAACUCCAAUUCAGUGCCAGGGAUUUCCAUUAGCUCUUAGUGGCCGGGAUAUGGUGGGCAUUGCUCAGACGGGCUCUGGGAAGACAUUGGCGUAUUUGCUGCCUGCAAUUGUUCAUAUUAACCACCAGCCAUAUUUGGAAAGGGGAGAUGGCCCAAUUUGUCUCGUACUAGCUCCUACCAGAGAGCUUGCUCAGCAAGUACAGCAAGUGGCUGAUGACUAUGGCAAGUGUUCAAGAUUGAAGAGUACUUGCAUUUAUGGAGGUGCCCCUAAAGGCCCCCAGAUUCGAGACUUGGAAAGAGGUGUUGAGAUCUGCAUAGCUACUCCUGGACGCCUGAUAGAUUUCCUGGAGUCAGGAAAGACAAACCUUCGCCGCUGUACUUACCUUGUUCUGGAUGAAGCUGAUAGAAUGCUUGAUAUGGGCUUUGAACCUCAGAUCCGUAAAAUUGUUGACCAAAUCAGGCCCGACAGACAAACAUUGAUGUGGAGUGCAACCUGGCCAAAAGAAGUAAGACAGCUUGCAGAGGAUUUCUUGCGUGAUUAUACUCAGAUCAACGUAGGCAAUCUGGAAUUGAGUGCCAACCACAACAUCCUUCAGAUUGUGGAUGUCUGCAUGGAAAGUGAAAAAGACCACAAAUUGAUCCAACUGAUGGAGGAAAUAAUGGCUGAAAAGGAAAAUAAGACCAUAAUAUUUGUGGAGACAAAGAGACGCUGUGAUGACCUCACUCGAAGGAUGCGCAGAGAUGGUUGGCCAGCUAUGUGUAUCCAUGGAGAUAAGAGUCAACCAGAAAGAGAUUGGGUACUUAAUGAGUUCCGCUCUGGAAAGGCUCCUAUCCUCAUUGCCACGGAUGUAGCCUCCCGUGGGCUAGGUUUGUAUAGAUAGGUGUCUCUGUCAAUGUUUAUGUAUCUUUUGGUUUAAAGAUUUGUUUGUCAUUUGAAAUUUAGAGUUAUAUAUAUAUGUAUAUAUCUAUUCAGUAAAAAAGAGGAGGAUAUAUAGUGGGUUUUUUGUCUCCUCCCCCGCAGUUUUUUUAAUCCUUGGUUUUUGGGGGGUUUUGUUUUGUUCUCCCCCUUUUAUUUUCAAAGUCUCUUCCUGCUCCUAACAAACAGGCUUUGGUCUGCAGCAAGGCCUAGGCAUGGCUGUUUAGUUAGAGGGAGAAGAGACACUCAUUUGAACAUUCAGUUUAAUUUUUUUCUGGUUAAAUCUUAUUUUCUGGCUGGAUAGGAGGAGCCUGAUUGAACCUAGCUAUCAUGAGCUAGUUUCUUCUGGUUAUUUUUUUUCUGUAUCAUUUUAUCUGUUAUAUGUAGAGAGGCCAGAUUCCAUGAAUUCUUAUUAAAUGAUAUUUAAUAAGUCCGUAAUACUUCAUUCAAUUAAAUCUGUAUUGCCCAGUGUUACUUGCUGAAGUAAAUUAAUGAUGGAUUCUUAGUUUCCCCUUCUUCCCCCCCAUACCUGUAUCUGAAAUGUGCUAAUUCUGAGAGCUUAAUCAGAAGAUAUUCUGGAGGUUCUGACCCAUUAAUGAUUAAUACCAUGGUACUUUAGCCCAACAUUCUGAGCUAAACAGGUCUGACUCAGAACUUUUAUAUUUAAAAAGAGAUGAUUUGUGUCACUAGGAAAUCUUCAAACUAUUGACAGUAAUUUCUUGUCCAGAAAGGUGAGAAUCAUCAUAUUCCCAUAUACCAGUUAAAGAAAACAAGUAUUUAGACUGGACUAAAAAGUGGUGGAGCCUUUUUUAUCCAUUGGACUUACCAUUCCCUCCUUCAGAGGUGGUGACCUGCAGCCAUGACAGAGAGUUGUCUCUGCCCUCUGAGGUCAUGUCUGGAGCUGUGCCGUUAGAACUUGGGCCUGUUGGGAGAGGAGGUGGAGGCCUGAAAGCAGUUCACGCAAAAGCUUUCAGUGAUGGUGGUUUUUAAACAGGCUUGCUAUGUGCUGGUAGCUUCUUUGUGCAUCUUGCCUAGACAAUUAAAAAUAUUUGCUCCAUGUUCCCCUACAUUUCUAAACCAUAUCAAUUGGCUGCCAUUAGAAUAACUUAGACUCUUCAUCCUGCCCCCUCUCGUCCAAGUGAGGGGAGAGGGAAGGUACCUGAGUCUGUUUCUUGUUACUCAACAUCAGUGUUUACUUUGGGCCCCUUUAUUUGCUGCCUUAUAAAAAUCAAAGGAGGGAGAAAACCCACCAAAAUGGCAGAAUUCUGACCAAGGUCCUACAAGAUCCUGGAAAGUGAAGGCUUCUACCUCAUAGACAGGGGUGCAAUUUUCAGCUGAGUCACCAGGCCUUUUUUCCCUUCCUGUCAAGCGAUGGUCUCUUAAAUGUUCCCUUCAGGUAAGUUCUUUGAUUCCCCUAAUUUUAUAAUAGUCAUCCUCAGGCGACCACCAUGCCCUUUCCACUGGGAUAUUUUUAAUUUCUCCUUUUUUGUUUAAGCUACACACUGUUAAACUAAAAGUAUUGAAUUUAAUUUGUUUUGUUUUUUAACAGAAGCUUUGCUAUCAGCUGCAGAUCACCCAAUAAAUGGCCGAGGCAAAUCUACAUUGGCCCGAAGCAGCUCUAGAUGAGCCUGUUUGGCUAGUCUGAGACCCUCCCAAUUAGUGAUUGGAGAUUCAGGCCAUGUUGUAGGGCUUCCAGACCAAAGGUUCUUAUUGCUGGCCAGAACAUUCACUUUUCUAUUUCUUACCUUGCUACAGCAUCUUCUGUAAAGGCAGCAAGAUAAUAUUGUGGCAGUGCAUAAAUAACAGCAGGGCAGGCUUGCCUGGAGAAAACCAAAGUCUGCUCCUGCCCUCACCUGCCCUCGGCCAGCCAUGUGCACGCACAGGACACCUUUCUAGUGUGAAGAAUUUGCACCAUGUCCACCCCUUUGAGCCCCGUCAGAAGUGCCCCCAAGCAUUAGUAUCUGAACUGUUGACUGCAGCCCCAGUGCCUUCUGCUAGGAAUUA